UGCUGGCUAGCGGUGUGGGCGCCGCCGUCCGUUCCCCCGGGCACUCAUGAGCAGAGGAGCCACCCUGCAGCGCAGGACGACCUACCUGAUCUCGCUCACCCUUGUCAAGCUUGAAUCGGUCCAGCAGCAGCAGCAAGAGGACGAGAAGGCGGGGGCAGGCGAUGGAGUCCCCCAGCCCGACAGCCGGGACGGUGGCCAGGUCCAAGCCUCCAGCCCUUCCGCCCCGCCGGUUGCAGACCCCUCCGGGGUGAAGGGCCGCAAGGAAGCCGAGGAGGCGGCUAAGCUCAAGAGGCAAGAGCGGAUCUUCCACCGCCAGGAUGCACUCUGGAUCAGCACCAGCAGCGCCAGCACUCCGGACUACCUGCUGCAGCUGUCUCCCAGCAGUCCUGGGACACCUGGCCCGUCCCCGGAUGGCACGGGGCGAGCCGGUUCCCUGUGGACAUCGCCCACUGGCAGUGGUCAAGGCAAUCCUUGGGACCCAAAGGUUGCGUCCGUGGCAGCCCCAAAGGCCAAAGCCGCCGUGAGCCCAGACGCGCCGCCCAUUGCGCCAAAGCCUGAAGUGCUGGGGCCUUCAGUUGCUCCAGUUGUGCCCCCCAAACCUGAGCCACUGGGGCUUCCUGGCACACCAGCAGUGCCCCCCAAACCUGAGACAGCAGUGGCUGCCCCCUUUAUCGCUCCACCUCUGGCCCCCAAACGUGAACCAGACGGGCCCCUUAAGCAGCCGGAGGCCCCUGUGCCCUGUGGAGCCCCAACUCUGGCUCCCAAACCUGAGCCAGCGGUUCCCUCCGUAGCCCCAACUAUUCCUCCCAAGCCUGAGCCGACUCUUGCCGCCAUCUUUUCGGCCACUGCUCCCAAGCCUGAGGCCCUUGUUCCUAAGCCCGCAGUGUCUGUGGUUCCAGCAGCUCCAGCUGUAGCCCCAAAGCCGAAAGCCGUUUUGGUUCCAGCCUUUCCUGUUGUGCUGCCGAGGCCAGAAGUGGCAUCAAUCCCCCCUAAGGCUGGGCUGAAGGAAACCUUGGAGGUUCCAGGAGAUGAGUUGCCACUGCCGCCGCCACCUGCCACUGCCAGCUGCUCCUCUAGUGCUGCAGCACCCGGACGCCGGAUGUUGGUCAGCCAUGCUAGCUGGGGCGGCCCGGAGCCUGGGGCCAUGGAAAUGAGCGUGGGCAGAGUGGGGGGCUCUUCGUUCUCCCACUCGGGCGCGUCCUCGCCUCACCCAGCGGCCGGCAACCGCCGUCUUCGCUUGGCCACAAACAAGCCCUUCAAAACAGUGACCACCAGUGGGGCCAAGGUAGGUGCUGAGCCAAAGGCUGGCAAAGGGGGGCACAAGGGGGGCACCCCGAACCGCCUGUCGUGGCCGGAGAGCGAGGUGAAGGGCCGCAUGAAGGUAGCCAUCAAGGGCAGUGGGGAAACGGUCCCCAGAGGGGGGUCCAGGGCCAAACUGUCCCCUCACAAAAACAAAAGCAAGACUCUGGACAACAGUGACCUCAACCAUGGCCCCGGCAGCCUGGCCUCUUCUGGCUCCUGCUCCUCGGAGGCAGCGGUAGGACUGAAGAGAGGCCGGGAGGGCGGACGGGCCUCCACCCGUGACCGUAAAAUGCUCAAGUUCAUCAGUGGCAUCUUCACCAAGAGUCCAGCUUCCACCCCUACUCACCCUGGACCGGGCUGGAGCCUUAGCCAGAAGGAGCUGCUUAGCGUUGAACUGGCAAAGGGAGAACUGCCCAAGGCCGUUGCAAACAGCCAGGAAUGGACCCUCAGCCGCUCCAUCCCCGAGCUACGACUGGGUGUCCUUGGGACCAUCAGGAGUGGCAAAUCAGCACUUGUUCAUCGCUACCUGACAGGCUCCUAUUUGGGCCUAGAACCGACGGAGGGGGGCCAGUUCAAGAAGGAAGUGGUGGUGGAUGGGCAGAGCCAUCUCUUGCUGAUUCGAGAGGAAGCAGGGCCUCCAGAUGCCAAGUUUGCAAAUUGGGCAGAUGCCGUCAUCUUUGUCUUCAGCCUGGAGAAUGAGGCCAGUUUCCAAGAGCUGACUCAGUACUACGGGCUCCUCACGAACUACCGUGCCGUCUCUGACAUGGCGCUUGCUCUUGUGGGCACUCAGGAUAAAAUCAGCGCCAGCAACCCACGUGUGAUUGAGGAUUCCCGAGCCCGGACUCUCUGCACCGAAAUGCGCCGUUGUCUCUACUAUGAGACGUGUGCCACUUAUGGGCUCAACGUUGACCGGGUCUUCAGUGAAGUUGCCCAGAAGAUUGUGAAUAUGAAGAAGCAGCAGCAGCUCCUUGCAUCUUGCAAAUCUCUGCCUAGCACACCCAGCCAUUCAGCAGUCUCCACACCGGCAAGUAACGGUGGCCACACAAGUGACUACUCUUCAUCACUGCCUUCCACACCCAACAUCAGCCAUCGGGAGCUGCGCAGUGAGGCCUCGGCUAUAAUUGGCACACCGAGCUCCCUGCACCGUGGGACCAAACGCCGGACAAGCCUUUUCGCCAAUCGCAGAGGGAGCGACACAGAGAAGCGGAGCCUGGACAGCAAAGGAGACAACACCGGGAGUGGCCGAGCCAUACCAAUCAAACAGAGCUUCUUGCUGAAACGAAGCGGCAACUCUCUGAACAAAGAGUGGAAGAAAAAAUAUGUGACUCUGUCCAGCAAUGGGCUUCUCUUUUAUCACCCCAGCAUCAACGAUUAUAUCCAUAGCACCCAUGGCAAAGAAAUGGACCUGCUCCGUACUACCGUCAAGGUGCCCGGCAAACGUCCACCUAGAGCCAUCUCAGCCUGUGGCGCCUCUUCAAGCAUCAAUGGCUUGGUUAAAGAUGUGAGCAGCGUUGGAGACACCACUUGCCCCAGUCCAGGUCUGCUGAAUCCUCCAACCGACCCGGCACUCAAACUCUUAGGCAAACCUGAGCGUCUGCAGCGCUCUGUGUCCUCCUCCAAGGCUGAGGUGGCCAUGGCUGCAGAAGGGCUAUCCAGUCCUGGCAGCAGUGGCAAAGACCCGCCUCCAUCCCCUAUGAUUGACAGGAAGAAACACAGACGGAAGAAGCUCACGACACCUUCGAAAACCGAGGGGUCAGCAGGGCAGGCGGAAGCCAAGCGUAAAAUGUGGAAAUUAAAAACCUUUGGUAGUUUAAGAAAUAUUUAUAAAACAGAGGAGGAGAACUUUGAGUUCAUCAUCGUCUCCAGCACAGGGCAGACCUGGCACUUUGAGGCCAGCAGCUUCGAGGAGAGGGACUCCUGGGUCCAGGCCAUCGAGAGCCAGAUCUUGGCUAGCCUGCAGUGCUGCGAGAGCAGCAAGAAUAAGGCUCGGAUGGACAGCCAGAGUGAAGCAGUGGCCAUUCAGGCCAUCCGAAAUGCCAAAGGCAACUCUUUGUGUGUGGACUGUGGGGCACUGAACCCAACCUGGGCCAGUCUAAACUUGGGUGCACUGAUCUGUAUCGAGUGCUCUGGCAUCCACCGGAAUCUGGGUACCCACCUGUCCCGGGUGCGGUCCCUCGACUUGGACGAUUGGCCCCUGGAGCUCACGCUGGUGCUCACCUCCAUCGGCAACGAAACGGCCAACAGCGUCUGGGAGAAGUGCACGCAGGGACGCCGGAAACCCACCUGCGAGUCGUCCCGGGAAGAGCGGGAGUCAUGGAUUCGAGCCAAAUAUGAGCAGCGGCUGUUCCUGGCACCACUGCCCAACUCUGAACUCUCCCUCGGGUACCAGCUCUUCCAGGCCGUGCUGGACCAGGACCUGGGUGCUGUGCUGCUGUUGCUGGCCCAUAGUUCCAAGGAACAGAUCAACGCCCCCACCGGGGACAAGGACCGACGCACAGCCCUGCACGUGGCGUGUGACCUGUCACACGUGGUGAUCACCCAGCUUCUGGUCUGGUACAGUGCUGACGUGAAGGCUCGCGAUGCCGUAGGGCACACAGCGCUCUUCUAUGCCCGCCGGUCAGGGAGCCAGGAGUGCAUCGACAUCCUCUUGCAACACGGUUGCCCAAAUGAAGGCUACAGCACUAUCGCCACCCCUGGCCUACGCCGGAAAAGCAGCAGCGCCAGCAUGGGAAGGACCGAGGCCCGAACUGCCCUGGUGUAGCAUGCCAGGGGGAGCCUCUUCCCCAUCCCAGUGGUGCCGACAGAGGUGCAGUGACUGAUGCCUCCUCUUCUUCGGGAGACCCCAUUCCCCUCUGGCAUCUGGACUAUAUGCCAAGGAGCUUGGAUCAUGACUUCCUGUCACGCACAGGGUGUGGUGGCUGCCACCCAGAGCCCCACUUCUGUGGCUCUGCUUGGCACAGGCUGCCGCCGCCACCACCAGGACUGCCUCAGUGGCUCACAGCUCUCCCUACUGCCAGGCCUUGAGCUGCUCUGCUGGUCUCCAGGGCAACAGCCAUCACACUCCAGGCAGGCCGUUGAACAUGCCUGCAGGGAACAGAAAGCAACGCGUCCCAGCACUUGGAGUAAAGGAGCAGGGCCCAGGACGGUUUUGUUGUCUUCCCAGUGAAUGGGGACUUUUGGAAAUGAGGGAGGCAAGUGGUUAUGUGGGGUUUUCCCCCUUUUUCUUUCUGUGUUUGUAACAAGCUUUGAAGGUGGAAUGUAAAUCAGUGUUAUUGGAGUGGUCAGUGGCUGAGCCUCAACUAACCAACUCUAAGUGGGCCCAAAAAGUAUAACAAUUGGAGGAGGGGUAAGGGGAGGUGAGUGUGGAAGGCAGCACUGAGGGCACAUACAAUUGGAGAGGAAGCCCUCAAGCCAAUUACUUGGCUUAAGCGAACCCCUUCCCCUUGUGUCACUUUCUGGGUUCAGGGCA